GGCACGCCUUGUUCAGUUCAGUAAGUUAAUAAUCGUCGCCUGAGUAAGAUGUCGCACUUUCCGCCGCACUACAUUCCACCGACGGGUCACGGCACACCCCUACCGCACAACCCACACGAGGGUCCCAUAUCGAGCACAGUGUUUCCUCCGGAUAUGAACCCGAACUAUCCGCACCAGCCAAUCGGAGUGCACCACCCGCCGGGAGGAGUUCACCCACCGGGCCACUAUCCACCACCACAUCUGAUGCCGCCGCCAAUCGAUCCACAACCUCCACACUAUCCACCCGGCCAUUAUCCACCAGGGCACUAUCCACCAGGACACUACCCACCGCACUAUCCGAUGCCGCACGAUCAAGCUGUUGCUUACGGAGGACCUAAAGCACCAUUCAAGAAAUAGCCCACAUAUGUAAUGACAUUGUGUUUUGUUAGUGGUUAAGGCCUUAUUACAUCAUCCACAAAAAAAGUAGUGUAGCUCAGUAGUUCAUAUUUACAAAAUUAUCCAUGAAAAUAUACAUAGGUUCAUCAAAAGUUGCCAAAUAAAAUUUUAUGUUUAGUGUAAGCACCAAAUUGUAUAUAAGUAUCAAAAGUAAAAGAGCGUAUACCUACUAAGUGCAAAGAAAAUAUGUGACGAAUACUGCUUGAGUCUGCGCAUAGUUACUAUGAACUCAAGAAGGAUGGUUCCGAUCAUUUUAGUAAUUUGGAUUCGAUUAUUACGUAGUUUGUCAAUAUUCAUUUCAAAAUGCGUUGAAUACAACUGUGAUUUACAGUUCGUUGUUUGAAUUCCACUAGUUACGGAACUAAAGCGCUAGUUAC